AUGUCUUGGGAUCAGGAUGUGUUCUUUGUUGGGCUUAUGGAGACAAAGUUGUCUAGCAUUGAUAGAAAGGAGGUUGAUUGUCUUAUAAGGAGUGAGUGGGAGUUUUUUCACUACCCUGUUGUUGGUACAUCUGGUGGUAUUCUGGUGUUUUGGAAUAGAAAGAUGGUGACCUUUGAUGCUAUGGAAGCCACUUCACAGGUGGUCAUUGGCAAUCUUUUAGUUCCCACCUUGGGAACGUGGAGAAUUGCUACUGUUUAUGGUAGUAGGUGCUGCAAGGAGAGGAGUGAUCUUUGGAAUCAUUUAGAGAAGAGCUUGGAGAAUGAUAUUCCUUCUAUUAUAGGUGGAGACUUCAAUUGUAUUACUAAUAAGGAGGAGAAGAGAUGUGGAAAGAGGUUCUUGUUCUCUAAAGGACCUAGGGAGAUGAAAGGCUUCAUGAUGAAUGCUAAUUUUCAUGAUGUUGGCUAUGUGGGGCCUCGGUUUACUUGGUGUAACAAUAAGGAGGGUGCUUCUCGGAUAUGGGAGAGGCUGGACAGGUGUAUGGUCAAUUCUGUUGCUAUUCAGAAAAUUCCUUUAGUGGUUACUAGACAUCUUGCGAGAUUGGCUUCUGAUAAUUGUCCAAUUGUCAUUAAGAUGGAUGAAAAGGUGCGGCUCAAGUCUAAGGCUAUCAGCUUUGAGGAUACAUGGAGGUCUUACUCUACAGCCAAGAGUAUUGUUUUUCACUCUUGGAGCAAGAAGGAUUUUGGAGAUGAGUUUAUGAUCCUACAAAGGAAGCUUAAUCUCACUUUAAAAGCUUACUUUUUCUGGAAUAGCAACAAAUGUAAAGAUUUGAAUGUGCUAAAGGAGAAAUUGAAAAAAGAGAUCCUUGAACUUCAGAACAAGGAAGCAUUGGGUGUCAAUUUGUCGGAUGAUGAUCUGUUGGUUCUUAGAAAUAAAGUCCAUGAACUUAAUGUCACCUUGAAGAGGCUUUCUACUUGGUGGAACCAAAGGGCAAAGGCUAGGUGGAUGAGGAAGGUGAUACAAAUUCCAAAUUAUUUCAUAGCUAUGCCACGGCUAGAAGGAAUGGGAAUAUGA